CUUAAAAAUUCACCAAUCGCUUCUUUAAUCAUCCGAUCAAUAAUGGCCGCCACUACCAUCACAAAAUGGAUGAUCUUAUCCCUCAACAUGUUCAUCAUACUAACCCUAACACAUGCCCAACAAGUUCCUUGUUUCUUCAUUUUUGGAGACUCCCAAUCCGACAAUGGCAACAACAAUCCCCUUAUUACAAAGGCCAAAGCCGAUUAUCCCCCUUACGGGGUCGAUUUCCCUGGCGCCAUCCCCACCGGCCGGUUCACCAACGGAAAAAAUAUCGCCGACUGUCUAGCGGAGUUUUUAGAGUUUCCCCAUCCGAUCCCACCUUUUGCGGCCACAAAAGGCCCCGCCCUCCUCAAAGGACUCAACUACGCAUCUGGAGCUGCCGGGAUCCUUGAUAACUCCGGGAUAAACUUGGGGGAUCGGUUAUGCAUGAACCGGCAGUUAGAGAAUCAUAAGGCGACAAUCGCCCAAAUCGCCCCCUUGCUCGGGAACCAGACGUCGGCGGACGUCUACCUGAAUCAGUGUCUCUACGUCGUCAACAUCGGCAGCAACGACUAUAUCAACAACUAUUAUCAGCAGCCGCCGUCGCCGUCUAGUAGCUUGACACCCGACGCAUUUGCCGACGAAUUGAUCGCAACCUUCUCCACACAACUAAAUAGCUUGUACGAGCUCGGAUCGAGAAAAGUUGCAGUGUUCGGAGUAGGUCUAAUCGGGUGCAUUCCUCAAGAGAUAUUGUUAUAUCCGAUCACCAACGGAUCACCCUGCGUCGACGACAUCAACAUUGCGGUCGGAAUAUUCAAUGGCAAGCUCGUGUCACUCAUCAACGACCUAAACACCAAAUUACCAAAUGCCCAAUUCACUUACAUAAACAUGACCAGCAUUGCACUAGGAGGCCCUGGCCCCGCUGGUGUGACUGAGGUGAAUGCUCCGUGCUGUGAGGUGCAGAAGGCGGGGGAUUCCGCGCCCGGGCAGUGUUUGCCUAAUGGAUCGGUGUGCGAAAACAGAGAUGAGUAUAUAUUCUUUGAUAAUUUUCAUCCAACCGAGAUUUCAAAUACCUUUACGGCGUCAAGAGCUUACAGAGCUUUUCUGCUCACCGAUACUUCCCCGGUCGACAUUGACCAUCUUGUUCGGUAGUCAAUAUGGACUCUUAGUAUCUUUAGACUGUGUUUGCCACCGUAGAUAACUCCUCUAUCUCGGAGUUAUUUCACCUCUAAUGAAUAAAUUAGU